AUGGCGGAAGAGGACGCCCGUGAGUCCGCUCUGCUGAGACCCGAGGAGCAUGAAAGCUUCAGGCAGUUCGCUCGAAAAGAGCUUCCCUCCAUGUGGGCGCUUGGGUGGCCCAUCGCAGUGAGCAUGUUUUGCCGCUUCGCGAUGUUUUCCAUGGACUCGGCCUUUGUGGGCCAUCUGGGAAAUCGGCCGCUAGAGGCCUACCAAACGUCUUCUGUCUCUCCGGCAGUGCCCGUUUUCGAGCCCACCGCCACGCCGUUGGCGAUGAUGGCGGAAGCGGUGAGCGGGGACACCAUCUAUUCGCCCAAGCAGUACCUGGCCGCCUCGAGCUUGUCAGAUAUGGUGACCAACUUCCUGACGACACCGCUGUUGGCCAUGUCCUUCGGGCUGAAUCCCCUGAUCGCCCAAUCCAUGGGCUCCGGGAAUUUGAAGAUGGUGGGCACAUGGCUGAAGCUGAGCAUGCUGUGUGUGACACUGGCCACCAUUCCCUUCGUCACGGGCUUCUUCUUCGUGGACGACAUCCUCACAGCUCUGCACAUGGACCCAGAUGUGUGCUACCUCGCGGGGAUCUACGCCAAGUUCAACGCCAUUUGGGUGCUGCCCAACUCCUGGUACCUCACCAUGCGGGUCUACUUCCAGGCCCAAGGUAAAGCGCGGCCGGCCAUGUACUUCGGCUUGACCUUCCUCUUCGUGAACCUGUUCUUCCUUUGGAUACUUGUGGAUGGUGGCCCCGACGGCGGCAGCUGGUGGCGAUUGGGGGGCCUGGGCUUCAUCGGCGCGGCCCUGUCCAUCUCCUGCUCGCGCAUCGCACAGGCUGUGGGAUACUGGCUGUACAUGUUCGUGUGGAAGAAGCAGCACAAGCCCACCUGGCCGGGCCACAACUGCGACUUCCUGCAGCGGAAGUACGUGAAGCCCUACUUCGCCCAGGUGCUGCCCCAGGUGGCGACCAUGCUGCUCCAGUUCCUCAUCAGUCAGUCCACCACGCUCUUGGUGGGCAAGCUCGGGGUCUUGCAAGUGGCCUCCAGCACGGCCGCCACCCAGGCAACGGUGCCCGUGACCAUCUGUCUGCUGAUCACCUUCUCCUCGAUGACGGGCAUCCGCGUGGGCAUGAAGCUGGGCAAGGGCGAGGCCCAGGACGCCAAGCGCACGGCCUACCUCUGCAUGCUCUCCCAGGCCUGCAUGACGGCGCUCUUCGCCUGCAUCGUGCUGCCCCUGCGCAAGGAGCUGAUGUCGGCGAUGACCAGCGAUCCCGAGGUGCAGUCCCUGGCUGGGGAGCUGUUGAUCCCCAUCGUCCUGAACUUCCUCUUCGCGGGGGCGGUGAGUACCACCAACGGCGGCAUCUUGGCCUCGCAGGGCCGGACCCACCUCUCCGCGGCCCUGGUGAUGCUUUUCGAGCUGCCCUUCUCCCUGGGCUCCGUGGCCACGCUGGUCCUGGUCUUCCACGCGGACGUGCGCCUGGUGUACUGGACGCAGGCAGGGGUGACGCUCAUCGAGUGCUUCGUGGUGCUUCUGCUCGUGUGCCGCAGCGACUGGGCCAAGUACGCCCGCGACGCGCAAGCGCGGAACCGGCUCCACGAGGAAAGAGAGGAGCCAGCAAGCUCGCCCGCUCAAUGA